AUGGCACCGACGCAGCUCAGCAUUGUGCUGGAGCGCCUGCUCAACGAACUCGGAAUAGCCAACCUCAGUAUGUUCGAGGCUGUGCUCAUGCACGAUACAGGCGCGGUGCUCGACGCGAUCCGAAGCACCGCUGCAGCCGCAGAGGCUGAGUUGGAAGAGAAGUUGCGGUCACAGACCAAGGAGCUCGCUUCUGAGCAGCGCUCUGCGAACGCUAUGAAGGAGGCGCUCGCAUCGGCGCGGGAUGAGCUUGCUGCGGCACAAGAGCUGAGGCGCUCCGACUGCGACAACCUGAGGACAGCGCAGCAGGCUGCUAAACGCGACAUCAAAGCGGCUGAGCGGAUGGCCGACCAGGCAAAUCAUGCAGCUCGAGCUGAGUGUGAGUGGCGUAUCGGCGAGAUGCGGGCCAAGAUGCAGGCCGAGCUGCGCGAGCAGCUCGACGCGCUGCAGAUUUCGAUGGAGGCAGAGGCGAGGCGCGCUGAUGCCGCAGAGGCAGAGAGGUCAAGGCUGUACGACAAGCUGGAGGGGAUUAUGCGCACGCGUGAGGGGUUGAUAGACGCACUCGCAGAGGCGCAGCGCAAGCGCGGACAAGUGAUUGUUAAGAGAUAUACGUAG